AUAUAAUUAAAAAAACAAUCAAAAAGAUUAAUUUCCCAAAUAACAAAAAUAUAAAUGAAAACUUCAGUAAUUUGUUUAUUCCUUUUGGUUUCUUUCGUUUUAUCCCAAGAAGAACCUGAACCUGCCAAACCUGUCUGGCCCUUAAAAUUCUCUUAAGAUUUUAUUGAAACUUUUUAUGGAUCUACAAAUCACACUAGUGUUGGAGGUUAUUACUACGAUUAUACUACCUACUCUACUCGUUUGGUCAGAUCUAAUGGUAAAUAUGACUAAACUUGCAAUGGAUACAAACAAUACAAUGAAACAAACCACGUUUGUGAAUAAAUUAUUGUUGGUGAAAAUAGAUUUAUUUUCUAUCCAGAUGAUAACGAUUGCUGUUGGUGCUGCAAUGAAGCAUAAGGAUGUGGUGCUCUCAAGCCUCACUGGCUCUAAACAAGUAUUUUCUAGGGUAAGACUACAUUAUACGGUCAAGAAGCUUAUCAAUGGCUCAUCGUUGAAUUACCCAAUAUCAGAAAUAUUGUUUGGGAAACUACUGAAGAAAAUCCUCUUGAAAGAACUCUUUUGAAAAUCCAAAGAGGUUCAUAUGAUGAAGUUUUCCUCGCUGAAACUAGAAGAUUAGAUGAUUUCUAUCCCAUCACUGUUCCUUCUGUUUGUGAUGUCAACAAUAUUUGCCCUAGAGGUUUAUGUCAAUACUUCAGAGAAUAAGCUGCCAACAUAACCGCUCAUGGUCACGUUCAUUCUCAUUGA